CCCUAGUCUUUCCAUCCGGUUGAAAGGAUUUUUUCUUAUUCGCAAAAUGGCAUCUCCGACGUUCCUUGGUUUCGACCUUAGUACUCAACAACUCAAAGCCAUAGCGGUUGAUAAUGGCCUAAACGUUACCCACGAAGCUUCGGUGCACUUUGAUAGCGAUCUCCCCGAGUUUAAAACGGAUGGCGGAGUACACAAACACAACGAUGGCUGUACUUUUACCGCGCCUUGUUUGAUGUGGGUCAAAGCCUUGGACAUGGUUUUACGUCGACUGAAAGAGAAGGGCUUCGAUUUUAAGACUGUGGCGUGUUUAUCUGGUACGGGACAACAGCAUGGAAGCGUGUACUGGAAAAAUGGCGCUCAAAAUGUGUUGCGUUCUCUCAAGAAAGACAGUUCUUUUUCAGAACAACUGAAGGACUAUUUUGUAGUGGGGGACUCUCCAAUCUGGAUGGACUCCAGCACUAGCUCUCAAUGCCGAUUCCUGGAAAAUACCGUUGGAGGACCUCAAAAGCUUGCUGAGAUAACUGGCUCUACAGCGUAUGAGCGAUUUACUGGGAACCAGAUAGCAAAGAUUUACCAAACCAAACGUGAAAGUUAUAAUGAAUGUGAGAGGAUAUCACUUGUCUCGAGCUUCUUGGCAAGUUUGUUCAUUGGUGAUUAUGCUCCGAUUGAUUAUAGUGAUGGAUCAGGAAUGAAUCUAUUAAACAUUGUCAAAAAGGAUUGGGAAGACACUUGCUUAGAGGCCUGUGGUCCUGGUCUCAGAGAAAGACUGGGCUCACCUUGUCCAUCCCAAGCACAGAUUGGUACCAUUUCCAGUUACCUGGUAGAGCGUCACAGCUUCUCAGUCUCCUGUAAAGUGGUGGCUUUCACUGGUGACAACCCUGCGUCCCUUGCUGGUAUGCGACUAGCUGAAGGAGACAUUGCUCUUAGUCUUGGCACUAGUGAUUCUCUGAUGAUCUGGCUGAAAACCCCACAACCUAAACUGGAAGGACAUAUUUUUGUUAACCCUGUUGACAAGGAUGCCUACAUGGGUAUGUUAUGCUACAAGAACGGCUCCCUGACACGCGAGUCCAUCAGAGAUACAUGUGCUGAGAAGUCAUGGGAGAAGUUCAACACUCUACUCGGGUCCACUCCCCCUGGUAACCAUGGCAACAUUGGCAUCUACUUCAAUAUAAGAGAGAUCACACCAUUUGCUGUUGGGGUUCAUCGAUUCAACAGGGAAGAUGAAAAAGUCCAGGAGUUUUCCAAGAAAGUUGAAAUACGUGCUCUGGUCGAAGGACAGUUUCUGGCUAAAAGGGCUUAUGCCGAAAAGCUAGGGUACAAUAUUGGCCCAAACUCUCGAAUCCUGGCUACAGGUGGAGCUUCAUCCAACACUGCCAUUCUGCAGGUAAUCUCAGACAUAUUCCAAGCGCCCGUCUUCACUAUACAGGACACUUGUAACUCUGCCUGCCUGGGGUGUGCCUAUAGGGCCAAACAUGGUCUAGUCGGGGAUAAGGCAUUCUCAGAGGUAGUCAGUGAGGCCCCGCCUUACCAGUUAGCUGUCACUCCAAACCCUGAUGUGCACGACGUAUAUAACACUAUGACUGAGAGAUAUAUCAAGCUCGAAAGUAGUAUUAUUGAUUGAGAUAGGGUGAUACAAAGAUGCAUGGGUAGCCUGUUGUUCAGUGCAUUUAUUGGUCUUACUAUGAUGUCUCUAAAGACCUUAUUAAAUACAUUUGAAAGAUUUAUCAAUAAAACAGGCAAAAAACUGAAAUUUAGAAAAAUAAAACAAUUUUAAUCACUAUUCUAUAUUUAUUUUACUUUCUGAGGCUUUGGUUUUGAUAUUAAGUUCGUAAUUAUCGUGGCAGUUUUUGUUGCUGGUAUGAUGACUAGAGAAAGGACAAUAAAACCGAGAUCGGGACCUGGC